AUAUCUGGUGGUCAAUUUCAAUUCUUUUCAAGCUAGUAUCAUCUAUCACACCCUCAUUUUUGUGUUCUACCAACAUGGCAUCUCCAAGAAUCAUCAGGUUUCCAGGUGAUGGUUUCAAUAACUUUAACGGCAUGCAACAUGAUGAAGACGCGGCACUCAGCAAGUUUGAAGAUAUAUUGGAUAAGAUGGCUACUAUGUAUACUGUUAGUUCCUCUGAAAAAUGGAUUUCGGCAACAAUCACCGCAACAAUCAUUAUUUGUUCAAUCAGCUUAACUGUGGCUGUAGUCAAGUGUUUGAUGAAGAAAGAACAUAUAAAUAUUCCAGUGACGUACAUACCUGUAGCCACCAGUGAUAGCAGCAAGGUUUCACCAAUUUCAGACCAGAAUAUUACAGUGAGCAUACCACCAGUUCAACCAGUGGUUUCAUUCUCACAAUUCCUAGAAGAGACCAUGGAGAGAUUUCUUCAAGACAUUGCAAGAGAAAGGCCCAUAAGGUUCUCACAUCAAGAUAUCAAUGCACUCACUGGGAAUUUUUCAUCUUUUUUGGGUUCAGGUGGCUAUGGAGAAGUUUACAAAGGGACAUUUCCAAAUGGAGUUACGAUUGCAGUCAAAGUGCUUAAAGAUAAGCUGUCGGACAAGAAAGUUCAAGAGCAAUUCAUGGCGGAGGUUGGAACCCUAGGAAGAACACACCACGUAAAUCUAGUGAAACUCUAUGGAUUUUGUUUUGAUCCUGCUAUGAAAGCACUUGUUUACGAGUUUAUGGAAAAUGGAUCCCUUGAUAAACUACUUUUUGAUAAGAACAAGCUGAUUAAAUGGGAAAAAUUGCUCCAAAUCGCCAUUGGGAUAGCGAAAGGUUUAGCAUACUUGCAUGAGGACUGCCAACAGAAGAUAAUUCACUAUGACAUAAAACCCGGGAAUGUAUUACUAGAUUCAAAGCUAAACCCAAAGGUUGCAGAUUUCGGGCUAGCUAGGCUAUGUAACACAGAAAGCAAUGCAAGUGUUAGAUUCGUAACUAGAGAAGUCGGGACACUUGCAUAUACAGCACCUGAGUUGCACAAGGAGUUUAGCCCCGUGACCAAUAAGUGUGAUGUUUAUAGUUUUGGUUUGCUCUUACUGGAGAUUAUUGGGAGAAGGAGAAACUACAUCCCUGAUACAAGCAACAAUAUCAAGGAGUUGCUUAUUAAUUGGGCCUGGAAAAUGUAUCUAAAGGGUAAACUUUCCGAAUUUUUCACAAGGUGUGGGAUAGAAGACGAAAGCAAAGAAGAAGCAGAGAGAAUGUUACUUGUUGUUUUCUUAUGUGUUCAUCACGAUCCAAAUGAAAGACCAACUAUGAGCAAUGUUGUGAAGAUGUUGGAGGGAGAAAAGGAGAUUGACCCUCCUUCAAAUCCUUUCGACUAUGACGAAUCAACAGCUGAAACCAGUGGUGUAACCGGUAAGCAUAGCAAAGAGAUUUCCAACACAACAUCAAAUAAAAAAGUUGCUGGCUCCUACACCAAGAUUUCAAAGAAAUCACCUGAGAUAGAAUUAAUUACUUAGUUAAUCAGCCCAAAACAGAUUGUGCUAAGUUUAAUACAUAUAUUACGUAUAUUCCGUUUCUUCCUUUUAACGUCUGUAUUCUCCAUUGUCGCUUCUCUGUGAUCUCGAUGUAAAUUGUUUUCAAGCUUUAUGAUAUACUGUCUGAUACAGUAAUCUAUUCCUGAGUUUUGCUUUCAAUGAAAUAUGGUUUCUGUA